CGUCUUUACGGCAGUCGUAUUUCACUCCUCUAAAAUGGCGUUCCCCAUUUAGGCAGCGGACGUGGUUUCUACCAUAGAUGGACGUGGGCAGUGCUGGGUUGAGAGUGUUGUGUGUCUAACCCAGACCGCGGGAUCUGCAGUUAAAGUUCGUUUCUGGUCACGACUCCAAAAACCCACCCUCCUCUUGAGGGUCAAGAAUCGCCGCUUUUUUUUAGUUCCCGCAAGUUCCUCAUCUGUCCCUGGCUUGUUCCCCGCGCCACCUCCGGACACCCUCAAGUCCCUGAAACCCUCAGACUCAAACUAUGAGCCUACGGCAGCUGCUUUUGCGCUUGCCCCGUUAUCUUGGGGCCUCGGGUCCCCUGCGUGGCCCCCUCGACACUAUCUCCUCGGUGAUCUCCUGGCGUGGUCAGUCCUCCAGGUCCCCGGCCCAGUGGAACCAAGUGGUGUCAGAGGCUGAGAAGAUCGUGGGCUACCCCACGUCCUUCAUGAGCCUCCGCUGCCUGCUGAGCGACGAGCUCAGCAACAUCGCUGUGCAGGUGCGGAAGCUGGUGGGGACUCAGCACCCUCUGCUUACCACAGCCAGGUGGUGGAGAGAAGAUGGGGAACAAUGCAGUUUCCAGGUGUCAAGGUCUAAGGGUCUUGUACACGACAGCCAGAAUAACCUCCAGUUGAGGGGCUUGGUGGUGUUACUUAUUUCUAAGGCAGCUGGGCCCAACAGUGUUAAUGCUUCGUGUCAAAAGUAUGACAUGGUCAGUGGGAUCUAUUCAUGUCAAAGAAGUUUGGCAGAGAUCACAGAACUUAUCCAUACUGCUCUCCUUGUACAUCGUGGGAUAGUAAAUUUAAAUGAAUUGCAGUCUUCUGACGGGCCACUGAAAGAUAUGCAAUUUGGAAAUAAAAUAGCUAUCCUGAGUGGAGACUUUCUUCUAGCAAAUGCCUGCAAUGGACUCGCUCUGCUACAGAAUACCAAGGUUGUGGAACUUAUAGCAAGUGCUCUUAUGGAUUUGGUACAAGGAGUAUACUAUGAAAAUUCUACUUUAGCAAAGGAAAAUCAUAUCACAGAUGAUAUUGGAAUAUCGACUUGGAAGGAGCAGACUUUUCUCUCCCAUGGGGCCUUACUAGCAAAGAGCUGCCAAGCUGCGAUGGAAUUAGCAAAGCAUGAUGCUGAGGUUCAGGAUAUGGCAUUUCAGUAUGGGAAGCACAUGGCUAUGAGUCAUAAGAUAAAUUCUGAUCUGCAGCCUUUUAUUAAAGAAAAGACCAGUGACUCCUCGACUUUUAAUCUAAACUCAGCUCCUGUAGUCUUACACCAGGAGUUUCUUGGAAGAGAUUUGUGGAUAAAGCAGAUCGGAGAGGCUCAAGAGAAAGGAAGAUUAGACUAUGCUAAGUUGCGAGAAACAAUCAAAGCUGGCAAAGGUGUGACUUCAGCUAUUGACCUGUGUCGUUACCAUGGAAACAAAGCACUGGAGGCCCUGGAGAGCUUUCCUCCCUCGGAGGCCAGAACUGCUUUAGAAAACAUUGUGUUUGCUGUGAUGAGAUUUUCCUGACACCAAAUUAAAAAGACUAUUGUUCGUUGGCUGAAAAAAUUGGGGAAGGAGGUGAUCGGGAGAUUUCAUGAUGAAAUAUCUAAAUGUGUUAAUGACUUCAACAACAUAUACAUUUUUUUUCUUCUUUUUAUCACACUGCUAAAUGAAUACUGCCUUCUUUUUGGAUCUGCUGCAAACAAAAUUAGAAGAAAAAAGGUCAAGCAGUUUUCAGUUGUCAUGCCAGAAGCACACUUGAGGCUUCAGUAGCAGAAAUAAUUAAUGAGAUUCGCUCCUGUGACCUCAGCAAAUGGACAGGAAAUAAGUCCUUAUUGAUUGGACCGAGCCAGGGAUGGCGCCAGGGCGGUGGCCUGUGGUUUUCCUUCUAGAGAGGACAGGGCAAGCUGGGAGCUGCAGGUGUCAGAAACGCUGUCAGUGCUGGCCAGGGAGGACCGUCAAAUGAAAACCCAGUGACCAAUUUGUCAUAAUGGAGGCCAGUCUAAUGAUUAAGAAAAAAACAUGCUUUGUCUUCUUGCAAUACAGUCUGGCUAUACUUUUUGCUUCUUGGUUUUUGUAAGAUUUGGGGGAGGGGUGGAAAUUGUUGAAAAAAUAAUGCCAAAUAUUUGAAGUAGGAGAUUAAAAUGUUGUCAGAUGUUAA